GCCGUGAGUCCUCAGCUCUACUCCAUCCUAUUUCAUUCGGCUUUCUGACCAAACGCAAAAGCGAGCUCAAGAGCAAAAUGGCUGCCAACACUAGAUACGAACCCGCACCGCAGCGCGACUCUUUCGAAGAGCGCGGCUACACUCAGCCCCCGCCUUCUUAUCAGGCAACUGCCGAUCACUCGCAAGCACCUCGCAGCGAAGAUGACAAUGUUCCCGAUGACUUCAAGUUCGGUGGCACUGUGGCGGAGGGCACUCUGCCCAUCCGUAUGCAGUUCAUCCGCAAGGUCUAUGCGAUUCUAACGGUGCAACUCCUCCUCACGACCGCGAUGAGCUCGAUCUCCUUCUUCAGCCCCAGCUACCGCACCUGGAUCCAGUCCAACUUCUGGGUUAUGAUCCUCUCGGUCUUCGGCGCCCUGGGCUUCAUGCUCGUCACCUACUGGAAGCGCAAGUCGUACCCGGCCAAUUUACUGUUCCUGUCCGGCUUCACGAUCAUGGAGGCCUACUCGAUCAGUGUGGUCACCUCGCUGUACGAGAGCCGCAUCGUGCUGCAGGCCCUGGUCAUCACGCUGGGCCUCUUCGUCGCCCUGACCCUCUUCGCCUGCCAGACCAAGUACGACUUCACGCACUGGAUGCCCUACCUCUUCGGUGCGCUGUGGUUCCUCAUCCUGUUCGGCUUCAUGGCCAUGUUCUUCCCCGGCAACAGCACCGUCGAGCUCGUCUACGGCGGCGUCGCCGCCCUGAUCUUCGCCGGCUACAUCCUCGUCGACACCCAGCUGGUCAUGCGCCACUACCACGUCGAGGAGGAGAUCGCUGCCUCCAUCUCGCUGUACCUGGACAUCCUGAACCUGUUCUUGGCCAUUUUGCGCAUCUUGAACAGCCAGAGCAACAACUAGGUCAAGUCAUACGCUAGGCUCUUCGGCUGAGUGAACGUGACGGAUAUGGCUCAGUCCUAGGCUACGUACUCGCUUUCUCUUGCUUCCCUGGACUACCUACUCGUGUGUUCGAUGCUGCCUGCACCGGACAUUUGCUAGCACUUCCCUCAACAAUUCAGACCUUCAAUAAAUGCCUACCUAUCUAUACAACCCCCGCAAAUCCCCACGAGUUUACAAGACAAUAAUCCAGGGACCGUUUCCUUACUUUCUUGC